CGUCGCUAUGCAGCACGAUUAGACAUUCUUACUUCUCCCUCCCAUCGCUGAACGCCAUCAUUGUCUGAAGAGAAAAAGCUCGCCCUUUCAUUACAGUUUCAGUGAGCUAAGUUUACUAUUAUGGCUACGUCGACAGGCAAAAAAGGGAAGAAAGCUUCCAAAAAGAACAAGCUCUCGCUCGGAGAGUUUCUUACCGAUGGCAAUGCGACGCCAAUGUCGCAGAUUCAGGUGGCGGUGCCAACGAAGCUGCGCGACUGGGCCGACGAAUGCGAGGAGGACGACGAUGAGCGCCCGACUCGUACCCAGCUGAUCGCUCUGCCGACGGCCCCGAGGGCCACUCGGCUGCUGAACGACGAUACGAUUCCGCACAAUCCGCCGUACUCGGCUUACAUCUCCAACCUGCCGUACGAUCUGAACGAGAACGAUUUGUACGAUUUCUUCCAGGACAUGGAGAUUUCAUCGAUGCGGCUGCCCCGCGACGAUGGAGACUCGGGUCGCGUGAGAGGAUUCGGCUAUAUCGAGUUCGUCAACCGUCAGGAUCUGAUCGAUGCGCUCUCGCUACCGGAACCGUUGAUUCACGGCCGACGCAUCCGCAUCGAUUUGCCCAGCGAGAACGACCAAAAACGUAACCAGCGCAACAAUCGCAACUACGACAACUAUGGCGGUGAUUCGGAGCGUAGCAUGGGAAAUUGGCGCGACGGACCCAGACCGAAUGCUGAUCGAGACCAGGGUCAACGCAGACCGUACAACUCUUACAACAGAGAUGGCGGAGAUCGUGGGCGGGAUCGCGACUCCGACAGAGAACGCUAUCCGGAUAGUGGUUCUGGUGGUAAUUGGAGAAUGGGAGAUCGCCCAGUGCAACCGCCACCAAGCUCACCUCCGUCAAGCCGGAGAGGCUACGAUCGGGGUGAUCGUGGUGACCGUGGCUUCCGACGUGGAGGAGACCUGUCAGGUGACCGAGGUGGUAGGCGUGAAGCGGAACCACGAAUGGAGCGGCCAAAACUUGUUUUGCAGCCACGCACAUUGCCACUCCCCGAGAAAAUUAAACCAGAACCCGAGCCGGAGGAAGCAGAGAAAGAUACCAGUCGUGAGAGCAAGUUUGACUCCGGUAAUGAAACUUCUGAGGAAAAAGAGAACAGAGAGCAACAGACUGGUGAGAGCCGCCCAAAGCCUACUCCGGUCCCUGCGGCCAAUGUCUUCGGCGAUGCCAAACCGGUGGAUACGGCGGCACGAUUGAAGGAAAUCGAGGAACGCCUGCAGGAGAAACAGCGCCAAGAGCGCGAGGAACGACAGCGCAAAACUGCCGUCGCUGGUUCGUCGGGCGACGAGGGGGAAAAGGAAAAGACCGACCCCAGCAAGGACGAAGAGGAGGAGAGACAUACCGAGGAAAAAUCGGAGAAAAAACCAGAGGAGAUCAUUAACUGGAGGGUGCGGAGCGACGAUCGGAGCGCCGACCGUCGUGGACAAUCGCCCCCGCGUAGAUAUAGUCCCUCUAGGAAAUUCAACAAACGUAAUGAUGAUUACUACCCAGACAACAGAGAUAAUCGCGAUAUGAGGGAUAACCGAGACAGAGCCAUGAAUCGGGACAAUCGCAACAUGAGAGACAAUAGACGUGAUUACAAUCGACCAUCUGACCUGGAUCGUGGCUACCGGGCUGGCGACCGGGAUCGCGGGAAUUUUAAUCGCCCUGGAGGUCGAGAUAUGACGCGUGAUGAGCACUUCAAUCAAGAUCGGCGUGACAACGUGCGGCCGAUCGAGCGCGAGCAGCGGGAACGUGAACCGAAACCAAUCGAGGAGCGGAUGCCGAAAUUCCAGGAACCAUCCGGACCGAAUCUAUCGAUGAAGAACACUUUUGAGGGACUGUCAGCGGAUGAAGUCGAUGAAUAAACAAGACGAUAUUCACGCAUUUUAACACGUCAUUCUGCAUAGAUAAGGAAAAUUAAAGUAUAUUCUUAUUUCGAGAGCCGACACUGGAGAAAAACAGAACACUGAAACAAAUUCGAGUUAAAACGCAAACAGAGAGAGAUUCCUUGGAUGCUGGACAGCUGGUGGAUAUUGAGGAAACGAAAACACUAUGUUUAGGGCUGUAUCAAAGUUGCCCUCUAGAAGAUGUCUGCCGGGCGAUGGAAGUGCCAUAGAGUGUUCCGCUGUGAGCGCUGGUGUCGGCAUUUUCAUCGCCCUGCCUAUUAUUUUGAAAAAAAAAACUAGACUAAAGACGAGGGAGAGCAGGAAGCCGUUACACUACAUAUUAGCUGGAGGGUAGCUUCCCAAUAGAAGACAUAUGUCUAGAAUACUUCUAUUCGAUGUAAUAUGUUCUAAUCGACAACCUUCGGUGUGAAGGAUGAUUUUGUCCGAAUGAAUGUGGUGAAUGUAGCGAUUUUUUCGUUUUAAUUUAAGAAAAAAUCGUAUUCGAAGUUUGGUUCUUUGCUCGUUAUCCACGGAGAUGAGAAAGCAUAAGAAAGAAAAGAGUUUUAGAAAAGGCAUUCACGUUUUGAUAAUACAAUUUACACGCUGUACAGCCGAGCUGAAUGUGACCAACAUAUAUAUAUUCGUUUAUCGGAGGAUUCAACUCGUAGUCAUCCUUUGGAGAUGGUAAACGUUCCCUUUUUCCCGACGUUGGUUUACUUCGGAUCCUGUGUGUAGGAGUGCGUGUGAAUGUGCGCGUGUGCUUGUUCCAGUGUAAGCUAGAAUAUGAGAAAUUAACAAUUAACGUGUGUCAGUUUGAACAGAUGUGAAAUCCAAAUGAUUCCAAUUGUGCUGAUUAUUAUGUUUGUUUUUGGUGAUUUCUCCUUGUUUGUUUAAAAUUGUUUUUUUAUGAAGAUUAAUUAUCCCCCAUAUAUGAUUUUUUUUUCUUUAUCAGGUUAUAAAUGUUCUUACAAAUAUACAAGCCUAGUUAGUGAUAAUACGCGGAAUAGUCUCAAUUGUGCCGCAAUUGUAAGCCAAUCAUCUUCAUAAACGUUUGCUUUUAUGCAUAUAUGAUCAGGAACAAAAAUAGUUAAUUUAUAAUGUAUAAGAUACAAGCUGGGAAGAUAGACUAUACUGUUGUAAUACCUGCUGUAACACUUAUUUUCAAUUAUAUAGACAAAUCCGGAGAGCGCAGUGUGGAAUUAUUUGACUACUACCCGCAUAUAUAGUAGGACAACAGGAGCAAUGAGAUACAAUAAACUACUGCUAACGGAUGUUCCGAAA